AUGUCUUCGUCUAUCAUUCAUCAUCGAGUCGGCAGUUGGCUCCCCAAAGACCACCAAGUGCUCCAUUCAUGGCUUAACAAGAAGCUGGCCAAAGCUGAACAGUACGAGGAGCAUCAAUGGCAACCUGUCAUUAAGGAAUUCAAACAGCUCAUCGAAAAUAACGCCGACCUAUACAUGGAUUUCCAUGCAAUGUUUGAGCAGGUGCCAACGAAACCGCCUUACAACAACGAUCCUACAGGAAAACCACAGGUCCGCAACUAUAUGGCGAUGCUGAGCUUGUUUAACCUCAUCAUCGGCGAAGCUCCCGAUUUUGAACAAAAUAAUCUCGUCGGCUUUCCUAUCAACGCCAUUCUCGAUUGGCCGAUGGGUACUCCAGCAGGUUUAGCUGCAUUCAUGAAACCGGAAGUCAAUGUGAUGUUCAAGAAGAUGUUCGAUGUUUGGGCGCAGUUCCUCACAUCUAACGAGUCUUGCUACGUCCUCAGCACUGCGGAUAAUGGUUGGUUCGGCGCAGCUGCGCAGGAGGCCUUGCCGGACUUUGACGCAACGUUCGUUUGCGAUCCAAGUGCUGAAUAUCAUGGAUACACCUCUUGGGAUGACUUCUUUACCAGGCUUUUCAGGCCUGGGGUCCGCCCUGUAUUUGCACCUGACGACAAUCGGAUCGUUAACGCCGCUUGUGAGUCGACGGUUUAUGCAAUUCAACCGGAUAUCAAGGCGCAUGACCGAUUCUGGCUCAAAGAUGAACCAUAUUCCCUCUACCAUAUACUCGACAACGAUGAACUUGCUCCUCAGUUCGUUGGGGGCACCAUCUUUCAAGCAUUUCUCAACGGUGAACAUUCCGGGUACUUACUAUGCGGAGUCUCCUGCAAUGGGAUUCCCAAACCCAGAUCCUUCUGGUCCGAACCUCUCACAGGGGUUCAUUACCCAAGUCGCUGCCCGUGCGUUGGUGUUCAUUCAAUGUGACAAUCCGGACAUUGGGUUGAUGUGUUUCGUUGCUGUUGGUAUGGCGGAGGUGUCGACGAAUGAGGUUACGGUUCGGGAAGGGCAGAGGGUUAAGAAGGGAGAUCAAUUGGGGAUGUUCCAUUUCGGAGGGUCGACACAUUGUUUGAUCUUCCGUUCUGGAGUGAAGAUUGAAUUCGAUCCGGAACUUUAUCAGCCAGAAGCGAAGAUCAAACUCAAUGCGCCCAUUGCGACUGUAGGAUGAGUGAUACGGGGUAUCCAGUUUAUCGCCUUCGAGUUUUCUGAACCAUGAUGUGAUGUACUAUUAGUGAAUGAAUAUCGAUGUGAACGCGAG